AUGAGAUCUUCUUCUAGGAUGGGACCUUCAGCCCAUCUUACUUACGCUAUAGGAGUUAUCGUCAUGGCAACAAUGGUUGAAGCGUAUGAGCACUACACGUAUAGCUCACCACCACCACCAUCUUACUCACCAUCUCCAAAGGUUGAGUACAAGUCUUCCCCACUACUAUAUGUCUACAAAUCUCCACCACCACCAUACUACGCCCCUUCCCCUAAGGUAGACUACAAAUCUCUUCCACAACCAUAUGUCUACAAAUCUCCUCCACCACCAUACUACGCCCCUUCCCUUAAGGUAGACUACAAAUCUCCUCCACCACCAUAUGUCUAUAGCUCUCCACCACCACCAUACUUCUCUCCUUCCCCUAAGAUACACUACAAGUCUCCUCCACCCCCAUAUGUCUACAACUCUCCACCACUACCAUACUAUUCACCAUCUCCUAAGAUUGUUUACAACUCUCCUCCACCACCGUAUGUUUACAACUCUCCACCACCACCACCAUACUACUCACCAUCCCCUACAGUAGACUACAAAUCUCCUCCACCACCAUAUGUCUACAGUUUUCCACCACCACCAUACUACACACCAUCUCCUAAAGUUGGAUACAAGUCACCUCCUCCACCGUAUGUGUAUAGUUCUCCUCCACCACCACCAUACUACUCAUCAUCUCCUACGGUAGACUACAAAACUCCUCCACCACCAUAUGUCUACAGUUCUCUACCACCACCAUACUACGCACCAUCUCCUAAAGUUGAAUACAAGUCACCUCCUCCACCGUAUGUGUAUAGUUCUCCUCCACCACCAUCAUACUAUUCACCAUCUCCUAAGGUAGACUACAAAUAUCCUCCACCACCAUAUGUAUACAGUUCUCCACCACCACCAUAUGUUUACAGUUGUCCUCCACCACCACCAUAUGUUUACAGUUGUCCUCCACCACCACCAUACUACACAUCUCCUAAGGUAGACUAG